UGUACACGUUCAUGACGGUGAUGUAUUCUAUGGUACUACCUCGAGGUGACUGGCAAACGUUUGGUAUUCUCUCGUGUGUAUUAGGUUCUCCGAGUAUAGAAUCGGAGGGAACCAACUUGUCCUCGAUCUGCCACACCACAAACGAGUGCCACUUAUUGAUUCAAGAACGGCCAACACCAGCUCUAGAACUUUCGAAAAGGACGCCGACUCAGAUGCCUACGGAACGUACGGAGCACCCGCUCCACCCUAGACAUUGAUGCAUAGGCUUAUUCAUCAAUCAUAUCGAGCAUCUGCACACGUCAUACGGGUUUGGUCCAGUGGAUACCUCCAUCCGAAAUUAGCUGCUCACAAAAUUCGGGGUAAGUGAUCUAUCAUUAUACACCUACGAGGUCAGCUGACGGCCCUGUAUAUAAUAGCCUUGUCAUCGUCUGAAUACCCCGAGUUCCAUCCUGUAUCUUUUAGGAUCUUGUCUGAUAUCUUCUCAACUAUAAUAUGCGUGCUUACUACUUUGACAACCUUGAGGGUGAUCAACGCCUCCCACAUGACUCCGGCAUGGACGUUCCAGAUGAGGUCUUGAAGUCCAUUGGCGUCUUGCACUGGCACAUUCCCAUUGAUGCUGAGGGCAAGUACGAGCAGGAGAUUACUGCUGUUGCGAAGGAAAGGAAUUACAGGAACCACGAUAUUGUUUCUAUCAGCAAAGAGGGCCUUGGUGAUGAAUUUGAAACAAAGAUCAAGAACUUCUACCACGAGCAUAUGCACGAAGAUGAAGAAAUCCGAUACAUUCUUGAAGGCACCGGCUUCUUUGAUGUUCGUGAACACUCCAGUGAAUCCUGGAUUCGUUGCCACAUGGGUGCCGGUGACCUCUUAGUCCUCCCUGCGGGUAUUUACCACCGCUUCACUCUCGAUAUGGGCAACCGCGUCAGGACCAUGAGACUGUUCAAGGAUGAGCCCAAGUGGAUUGCGCAUAACCGUGGCAACCAGACGGAUGCUAACCCCUACCGCUUGGAGUACUUGAAGAGCAUUCAAGUUCAGUAGAUCGAUGUGUCCAUUGUGGAGCAUACAGUAUAUCUUGUGAAUGGGAUAUCCCAGUCAACAUUGCAAUCUGUAGUAUUUCACUAUGAUGACCUUCGGCAGAUUCAUCUGCCGUCAGUAAUGAAUACACCGCGCAAAUCAUCGCGGUCACGUUAUCAGCUUAUAGCAGGUUUGCUGUGUUUCGCUUCCGCAAUAGACAU